AUGUUCAGAAGCUGCUGUUUUCUUUGCUAUGAGACCUGUUCCUUCGAGAUUAAUAAAGUUCAAGAAGGAGAGUUGGGCGCCCACAACGGCGGUUUCUCUAUUGCCUACCUGCGUUCGUUAGGCUGGGAGCUCAUGUUAGCUGAACGCGCCCUCCUUCCCUGGACCCCAGACUGCGAACGACGACAACGAGGCUGCUUAAAGGUGUGGAAGCACAGAAUUGUGGGUGUUGUUGUAUGGGAUUAUCCCUGUGGGUCCGGAGAUGAGGAUAGGGAUGGUAUCAAUGGAUUCUCUUCCAUCAGGAGAUUAUGGGUGGUAUUUUUCUGGUGGACGACUAUGCCAAAGAUCCAUAUCGAGGGACCAGGCGAUUUAUUGAGGGAUCCUCAUACCACAAGGGAGAUUAUAAGGCUGAUGGGGGGCAACGAAGAUGAGGAUAUGGCACCGAUGGACGAUCCACAGUGGCAGACAGUGUUGGGGAAAGUGAUUUGGGAGGAUGUCAUGUGGGGGAGAGAGGCCGGGUAUGAUGGUGACAAUGAGGAGGAGGAAGAUGGGAUCGCUACUCACACUUCGGUAGACGAUACUCUAGCAGGUCAAAGGCGAAGAGACAAGUUAACUGCGAACGAGAUAGACGCGAAACAAGGAGUUCGAUGUUGGGUAGAUUAA